GAAUGUGAAUACUAAAAUGGCGUAUGAUGGAGACAUCACCUUCCUUCGAUCUUAUUUUCAUCUAUCUUAUGUUAUUUCUACGGUCCUCGUUACAUGAUAAAAGAAAAAGAAAAGUGUGUGUAUAAAGUAUUAAUAUGAAUUGUGAACAAUAAAGAAAAUUGAUCGAAAAGUAUUUUUCUUUAGACAAUCGAGACGUCAAUUGACACUUCAUGUUAGUUAUUUAUAUUCAUAGUGAUUCCUAUACGAGAUGCCGAAAGUACGAAGAAGUAAAAGAUCUCCACCUGAUGGCUGGGAAUUAAUUGAACCUACAUUAGAAGAGCUGGAACAAAAGAUGCGCGAAGCUGAAACAGAGCCACACGAAGGUAAACGUAAACAGGAAUCUUUAUGGCCAAUAUUUAAAAUUCAUCAUCAAAAAUCAAGAUAUAUAUAUGAUUUAUUUUAUAGACGAAAAGCUAUUAGUCGUGAAUUGUAUGACUAUUGUUUGAAUGAAAACAUAGCAGACAAAAAUCUUAUAGCAAAAUGGAAAAAAGUUGGAUAUGAAAACUUAUGUUGUUUACGUUGCAUACAAACACGAGAUACUAAUUUUGGUACGAAUUGUAUUUGUCGUGUACCAAAAGGCAAGUUAGAAGAAGGUAGAAUAGUGGAAUGUAUACAUUGCGGCUGCAGAGGAUGUUCUGGUUGAUAUGUACCUUUAUUGAUUAAGAUAUUAUAAGAUAUUAUAAGAGUUAAUAAUAAUAAUAAUAAUAAUAAUAUUAAUCAGUUAUUGCUUUGUACCUAUCAACUUAAGUUACUUUUUUAUUUCUUAUAAUUAAGUUAUGCUUUCUUAUAUAUUGAUGUAUUAUUUUGCAUAUUAUUCAUCAUAGUAUCAAUAAUUAAAAACAAUAGUAAAAAAUUAUAAUGAAGAAGAUAGUAAUGAAAUGAAAAUAAUUUUAUUGCUUACUCUAAACGAUGUAGACGGUCGAAAACGCUUAAAAUUCUAUCGCGAUAUGUCUAAUGUCGAAUGCACCCAUUAUUGUUCUAAUAACUAAGAUAAUUGAACUCACUCUCAAAAAUAUUAAAAUUACAUAACGGCUGUCAGUUAUAUUUCCAUAAAUUAUCGAUUGUUAUAAAUAAGACAUUUCGUUAAAAAUAAUUACACUUUUCGAAAUUUUUAUUUCAACUUAUUACUGAUAAAGUACUUACG